CUGUGCAGUAAAUGCACAUAUAGACACACCCACUGCGUAGGCUUGUCAGGAAGGGGAACAGAAGAUAUCUGGAUGGAUGCCCAGUGAGUUAAGAGGCCUUGCAUUUAACCCAUCUUCAAUUUUAACAUCCCACCUGCCUAUACAACACAAUGCAAAGAACCAGCAAGGCUACAAACAGCAGUGAGCCAAGCAGCAAAGUUAAGAGCUGGAUGCAAAACUUCAAAUGACGGAAAAGAGAAGGAAAAAAAUCAGUUUAAAUGAAUGCAUUAAAGAUCUCAACAGAAUAAAAUAACUCCUUACAGAGAAAGAAGCCAGUGGUGAAUGUUCUCUUGUUAAUACACACACAACUGGGCAGGUCAGGUAUUCUUGUAUAAAUCACACCCACUUUUAACUAGACACUUCCAGAAGGAGGAACUUUCAUCAAGAGAACUGAUCUACUAAAAGUUUGACAGCUGCACUGAAGGGGGCCUUCUUGAUAAAAAUAAUGCUGCAUUCAGCACUGGCUUUAUCACUCCUGUUAAUUGCAGUCUCUUCUAACUUCGCAAUGGCAAUCAAAAAGGAAAAAAGAGCUCCACAGACGCUGUCAAGAGGCUGGGGAGAUGAUAUCACUUGGGUGCAAACUUAUGAAGAAGGGCUUUAUCACUCCAAAAAAAGUAACAAGCCACUCAUGGUCAUUCAUCAUUUGGAGGACUGUCAGUACUGUCAAGCACUCAAGGUGGCUUUUGCUGAAAGUGAUGAGAUACAAGAAAUGGCUCAAAAUAACUUCAUUAUGCUGAACCUCAUGCAUGAAACCACAGAUAAGAACUUGUCACCUGAUGGACAAUAUGUACCUCGAAUCAUGUUUGUAGACCCAUCUCUCACAGUAAGAGCUGAUAUCACUGGAAAAUACUCUAAUCGACUUUACACCUAUGAACCUCAAGAUGUACCAUUCUUGAUAGAGAACAUGAAGAAAGCACUCCGUCUCAUUCAAACCGAACUAUAAUUAACAGCAGUUGAAAACAUCAUAGCCUCUACGAGGUAAAACACGAGGAUUUUGAAAUGUAUUCAUUAGCAGCUCUGUGCAAAGGUUUCCAAUACAUUACCAAGCAUUUACAGCACGCAGAAUUUCAUAUGAAAAAAAGGAUCUAUUUUCAAAGACUGCAUGACGCUUAUGCAAGUAUAUUAUAUUACAAAUUUAGGACAAAUGAGUACUACCUACCUACAUUUUCAAUUAACUGCUUGGAGAGAAUUGAAGGGUAUGGCAGUAAGGUACAAAGACUUGCAAAUGGCUCAGAUCCUGCCCCAUUAAAUCAGCUGUGAUUUCUGGACAAAACCAUAACCAAUUCCACCUCAUGUCUGUUUGAUAGUCCAUGUAAGUGAAUAGUCUCAACUCAGAUCCCAUUUUUAUUUCAUACAUAGGGACCUGCCAAACUCACGGGCCUCGGCAGCCAAUUACAUGGCUGUAACACAGCAAGGGCCAUUGGGUUCAGGGCUGUAUCACAGCUGGGGCCCCCAUUUUGAAGGUGAAGCAAACUGGUGUCCCCCAUGCUUCUGAUUGGCUGAGGGGUGCUACAAGACCCACCACUCCCAGGCAUUGAUUGAAAGCCCUAGCUGGAGCUGCCUGGCUUGUUAAUUCAGUCAUUAUCACCCUCUUCAAGGGACAGAGGACAAUAAUUACUGAGCACACAAACAGUUUAAGUGUAGCAAGUAAACAGGUCCAUACCCUGCUCCGGCUGUCAUUCCCCCCCCCCCCCCCCGCCCUCCCCCCCGCCCCACUUCAGGAGAUGGGCAGCCUGCCUUUUUUUUUCUCCCCUCUUUGCUCCUAUCCCCUUCCCCCUGCCCUUCUAGGAGACAGCAUUUUUGCCAGCUCUUUGCUGGCUUUUUGAACAUAGCUGGUUCCCUGUGCUUUUUCAUGGAGAACCGCCUAUUUCACGGGAGAUUUCAUGGAAAUCAUGUAAUUGGCAGUCAUGUAUUUGACAGGCCCUAUUUCAUACAGCACAAAGGUGCUUAGGAGAACUCAGGUUUACUCCCUAUUUUCUUGCUAUAGAAGAGAGACUGCUGACAGGAUCAGAUCAGAGGAGGCAGGAGAGGAAAGGGAAAAUUUGUUUAUUGCAAGUUUUCAAGAAAAGCUUGGAUUUCAGGAUAGGACCAUGAGUUGAAAGUGCAUUCAUGAAAAACUCAGCAAAACGCAGGUAAAGGAGCUUAGUCUUGAAAAAGAUACAAUGAGAGAAUGGGGUGAAAAGAAGAAGAAAUCCUCAUCUUCAGUACUGGGAGCCAACUACUUCUUUGCAAUGGAAACUAGUAGGCAUGCCUCAGUGCUGCCCACGUUAGCAGGAUUUGACUCACAGACCAAAUGCACUGGCAAUGCCACAAUUGCUCGUGACAGUCUCCUCAGGUUGUCUGGAAUACAACUGCAGAUGCAGCAGGGUAGAUAGGAUGAACAGUCUCACUUAAAAAUUCUCAUGGGACCAUUGUGGCAUAGAGAUACAUAAGAGCAGAUAUCUAGAUGGUGCAAGUGCAUCAAAGUGAGUGAGGAAAGCCAAUUUACACUGGCAAUAUUUCUGCUAUGCUUGUAUAUCAUUCACCAAAGCAAGCUAAUAAAUGAUUUAUCCUAUGACAACACUAAGAACACAGCAAACUAUAUGUAUGAUCUGGUACAAAACACAGUGUUUGUUAUAGAUGUAACAGGUUAAGCACCUUAGGACCAUUGUGAUGCCCCCUACAGGCUGCCUCAGCCGUGCUAGGCCAGGGAUAGGCAAUUAUUUGGGCCCAAGGGCCACAUAGGGAGUCUUGAUGAGCUGUCAUGGGUGGUGUUUUCUCUCUUCUCCCAUGAUCAACUCUCUUGGCCUGGUCUCCCUUAAGGGCUUAUGUCAUGACCACCAGCUGCCCCCACAGUCAAGCCCAUGCCUCACUUAUGGUAUGCAAUAUCACAUGCAGUGGGACACUUGUUUGCAAAGGCACCAGGCCACUUCAGGCUUUUACUCCCUUGUUGGGACUGCAGCCUUCCUGGCUUCUACCUCUAUGCUGUAGCUGGUCCCUUGCUGCCUAGGCCCACCACACCGGGCCAAGCUCCUUGGUCCCAGCCAUACCAAUCCAAGCUCUUUGGGGGUCUCCAUCCCUCCUCUGUCACUGAACCUCCCCAAACUCUCUCUGUCUGUCCCCUGGCCCUGUCUCCACCUUGCUCUGGGCCUUCUGGCCCCAAGCUCUACCCCUCUCUGGGCUCUGGCCUUGCUCCCAGGCCCCUAAAUGCCCUUGGCAGGGCUCAAGGUAGUCACGUGCCCCUUAGGCACUAAUGGGACCUCUAAAAAAUAAAAAUUAAAAAAAAAAAUUUUUUUUUAAAUUGCUGGUUAGCCAACUGGCUAACACAAGUCUUAUUCUUCAGGCUGUGUAUUUUCAUUGCAGGCAAUCACUCCACUCUGCUCCUUUAUGUACCAGGCUCCAUCUUUGGUAGCUUAUAGCCUUGAAGGUGAACGCACCUACCCAAUCUUUCUGACAGCCCCCACUACAGCUCUGGACUCUUAUAUUGCCUAUUGACCCUGCAGGUCAGGUGACUCCCUUGUCAGCCGAUUUGCCCAUAGGGUCCUUCAUUAACCUCUAUUUUGCUGGUUGCUACAAAGGCCCUCUCCUUAAAUGGGCCACACCACUUUCCAGUAACAAGGCAAGGGGCCCCGUUACAAUAGACUUACCCUUGUUAUUUUCUAUGAUGGUGCCUAAAUAUGUACAUAUGAGAGAAAAUGAAGGCAUUCUCCAAGAGUGUGUUAUUUUACAGCAUAUAUUUACAUACAUUCAUUUAUUAUGAAGUAGUUGUGUUAUUACUUGCUAUAACUUUAUAGCCAAGUAAAAUAUUGCAUAAGACAGAUAUUAGUAUUAUAACAGUGUUAGAAAAAGAGACUUGGAGAAAAGAUAGCAAUAUGCUUAAAAAAGAAUUUGAUUUCUUAUAUUAGCCAUUAAUAAUGCAUUAUCUUCAUAAUCACCUAAAUGAUAUUUUUACAUGUAAGAGUAUGCUGAAACCAAAUAAAAAAGCUUGAUACUCUGCA